AUGGGGAAAAGGUGGUCGUCAGUCUCGCCUUUUAUACAGAAGCUACGAACCGCGCCGCCAGACUGGUAUUAUAAGGCUCCUAAAUCGCCACCGCCAGUUGAUUUCCUAGCCCCGCCAACAGGUCCAUACUUCUUUUAUGGCACCCUGGUUGAUCCGUCCAUGAUUACGGAAAUCCUCGGGUUAGAUUAUGAACCUGAGCUGCGACCAGCUUAUAUCGUUGGGUACGAAUGCAAAUUAUGGGGCCAGUAUCCGGCUCUCCUCGAUGCCCCAGACUCGAUUGUCGAAGGGGCUGUAUAUCAUGUCUCGACAGUUGAAGACGGGGAGAAACUAGCAGCUUAUGAAACGAGAAAUUACCGGACAGAGCGUUGCUGGAUCAAUUAUAUGGAUAAAAAGGAACCAUUAAGGGAAAUAGGCUCUACAUUCAAGUUUGUUGGAGACCGCGGCGACCUUAGUGAAGGGCAGUUUGACUUGAAAGUCUGGUUAAAACGCAUGGGAAGGACCGCGGCACUUGAGAAGCUUGAGGGUAAAGUGAAAAAAACGACGUGA